UGCGCGUGUGAAAAUGGGAGACUGGAACUUCCUGGGCGGGAUCCUGGAGGAGGUGCACAUCCACUCCACCAUGGUGGGGAAGAUCUGGCUGACCAUCCUCUUCAUCUUCCGCAUGCUGGUGCUGGGCGUGGCGGCGGAGGACGUGUGGAACGACGAGCAGUCCGAGUUCGUGUGCAACACGGAGCAGCCGGGCUGCCACAACGUGUGCUACGACCGCGCCUUCCCGGUGUCGCUGGUGCGCCUGUGGGUGCUGCAGGUCAUCUUCGUGUCCUCGCCCUCGCUGGCCUACAUGGGCCACGCCCUGUACCGCCUGCGCGCGCUGGAGAAGCAGCGGCAGCGGCGGAAGGCCCAGCUGCGGCGGGAGCUGGAGGAGGCUGGCGCUGGCGCCCCGGCGGGGUUGGCAGCGGACGGCGAUGCGGGCGAGCGGCGGCGGCGGCUGGAGAGGGAGCUGCGCGCUCUGGAGCGGCGGCGGAUCGACAAGGCGCCGCUGCGCGGCUCGCUCCUGCGCUCGUACGUGGCCCACGUGCUGACCCGCUCCGCCGUGGAGGUGGGCUUCAUGCUGGGCCAGUACCUGCUCUACGGCUUCCGCCUGGAGCCGCUCUACAAGUGCGAGCGCGAGCCCUGCCCCAACGCCGUCGACUGCUUCGUGUCCCGCCCCACGGAGAAGAGCUUCUUCAUGGUGUUCAUGCAGUGCAUCGCGGGCGUCUCGCUGCUCCUCAACCUGCUGGAGAUCCUGCACCUGGCCUACGGCCGCAUGAGGACGGGCCUCCUGGACUACUACCCGCAGCUGCGCCACGAGCUGGACGACUGCUACGUGGGCCGGCCGCAGGUGAGCGUGGGCGCGCCGUCCGCCGUGGCGGGGGGGGCGGGCCACAAGACCGCCGCUGCCCCACCCGGCGCCCGCAGCCCCUCGCCGGACGAAAAGCGGAGCUCCCCCCCGCCGGGGUACCGCCCCUCUGCUUUCACGCCCGUCCACGGCGACGAAAAAGAUGGGGUGAAGGAGGCCCCGCCCAGCCCCGCCAAGGGCGACAGGAAGCCCAAAAGCGCCGGCGGCAGCGACGCGCGCUCGCCGCCCGCCAAGGAUAGUACCGCUACCUCGCCCAAGCAGGAGGCGGAGCCUGAGAAAGGCCCCGCCCACCUGCCCCCCCACGGCAAGGAGGUGGCGCCCGGGAGCCUGCAGUUGGCGGCCGGAGGGCGGAAACCGCGACGGGUGAGCGCGCCCUCGAGCUGCGCCACCCUGGUGGAGGGGAAACCCGCCACCGCGGCGUCGGCCGGCGGCCCGGGGGGCACCAGGGCUCGGCUCGGUCCCGGCCUAGCCCGGCCCGUCUCCAGGUCGGACCCCAGGGGGCCGGGCCGGUCGCGGACCCCCGAAUCGGUGGAGGAGUCGAGCUCCGAGUCCCAGCACAGCCCGCGGCGGCUCUUUCCCGCCCACAGGACGUCGCUAGCGAGCUGCGCUAGCAGCAGGUGGGCCGCCACUGACCUGCGCAUCUGAGCGCUUACACACCUUUACCUCCGCUAUCGCCCUCACCUCCAGGCCACAGGGGGUCGCUAGCGAGCUGCGCUAGCAGCAGGUGGGCCGCCACUGACCUGCGCAUCUGAGCGCUUACACACCUUUACCUCCGCUAUCGCCCUCACCUCCAGGCCACAGGGGGUCGCUAGCGAGCUGCGCUAGCAGCAGGUGGGCCGCCACUGACCUGCGCAUCUGAGCGUUUACACACCUUUACCUCCGCUAUCGCCCUCACCUCCAGGCCACAGGAGGUCGCUAGCGAGCUGCGCGAGCAGCAGGUGGGCCGCCACUGACCUGCGCAUCUGAGCGCUUACACACCUUUACCUCCGCUAUCGCCCUCACCUCCAGGCCACAGGGGGUCGCUAGCGAGCUGCGCUAGCAGCAGGUGGGCCGCCACUGACCUGCGCAUCUGAGCGCUUACACACCUUUACUUCCGCUAUCGCCCUCACCUCCAGGCCACAGGAGGUCGCUAGCGAGCUGCGCUAGCAGCAGGUGGGCCGCCACUGACCUGCGCAUCUGAGCGCUUACACACCUUUA